AUGGCUUCACGCGUCGCGGUCGCGCUGCGGUUUAAGUAAAUAAAACACCGAUGCAAAUUUAUUAAAACCGCGUUUUUUUAUGAAUCUAAUUGUUUCCUGGGACUUUCGUCUUUACUCAUUUCAUUAAAUCGUCUUCAAAGCACCUGCUUUUGCUAAUUUGCUUUGUUAAAAUGUAAAAAACAGAAAAAAAGUAUCCACCUUCAAAAAGUCCGACUCGGGAGGCGGAGCUUGAGCCACGGCCAAGGCUCUCGCCACGCCUACUUUGGCCGAUUUUUGCAGUUUGUUGUCGUGGCCUAAGCCUUCAGACUCGUCGCUUGUUUUGUUUUUUAACUUGAAAUUCUCAUCAAAUUUUUUACCUUUCGAAUGGUGUUUUUAUUUCGAGCAAAAGUAUUGGUUUUGAAAAGACUACAAAUACUUUGUAGCUGCCUUUUUGUUUGAUCGAUUUUGGCUCAGGGAAAAGUUGCCGAAAAGUUUUUCAAAAAAACCUGAAUUUCUUUAUUUUAUGUCUUUUAAAAUAGUUGAAUCGAGCAAAAAAAUUGUUUUUUUAAAGCUUCACUAGACGGAGAAAAAAACUAUUCAAAUCAAAAAAAUGGCUUCUAAAGUUUUUUUACAGAUCAGAAAUGCAACAAAUGAAGCCUUUGGAAGAUUUUUUUGAAAACUGAAAAAAAUCAGAAGUUCACGAAGUUUUUUUGAUCUUGGAGGGUAAUUUUUUUGGUUCAGCUCAAAGGACAAUCCUUUUUUUGAUAAAUAUUGAAUCUUGAAUCAAUCCUGAAAAAGUCGUAAAGUUUUUUUCCUUACCCGAACGAUGCUCUCUCCAAAACACGUUUUUUCUCAAAAAAAAAAUAUUUAAUUUUUUUUCGUCUCUGUGUACUGAAACCUUCGUAGAAAUUACUCUAACAGAUUUUUUUUUUCGUUUUCUCUCAUUCUGGGCCCAAUUUAGGUCCUUUCAAAUCUGUAAAUUCGAAAUGAAAUGGUGUGAAAAUCUGUUCGCGUGCUCUUUCUCGAAUGUCCUUACCUUUCAAACCCAUUUUCUCGAACAAAACACGAAAAUGAAGGCCUUCAGGCGGCUGUCGAGGGCCUCUCCAAAGACUCGGCCGAGUUCAAAUGGAAAUCGACGAAGAAGACGAUUUGAGGGCCGAUUGCUCUGCUUCGCCCGAGCAACGACUUCUCGUUCAGAGGUUCUUCUUUUUGCUCUUCUUCACUUCCUUGUUUGAGUUCGACGAGUUCAGCAUCGAAGAUCAAAUGGGCGUCUGAAAGCGAAACUGUGAGAAACAGGUUCAAAUGGGUUGUAUCCCGCAGAAAUCCCAGCUUCAAGUGCGCCCCAUGGAUAAUUUACAAAGCUUUGGACUCCUUUCGCCCCCCAUGAGCUUCUUUAAUUAUAGAAUUUAAAAAAAAGCUUGAAGCCUGAAUUUAAAAAAAUCAAAUAUUUAGGCUUGUUCGAAAAAAAUCGCGCUCCACCGAACUUUUUUUCUUCUUUGAUUUUACUUUUUGUUCAAUUUUUUUCUAUUUCUUUUUUUCAAUUAUUUCCAAAUCACCAAAUUUUUUUGAAAUUGAGUUUGAAGUAUUCCCGUUAUGUUCUGCUAAAACCGCACGUAGGUGGAACACCUCGAAAGUUGAUUUGACGGAGUUUGAUCCAGCAAAAGUGGAUUCUGCAGGGAAAAGAAGUUUUCGAUUAGCUUUCUAUUUUGAGGUUUUCCGAAAGAUGUUCAAAAUUCAUGGAAGUUUCUUCGUUUUUCAAAAUCAUAGUGAAUUAAAAACCAGUGUAGACUCUACGGUAGCUUUUUCAAGAAAAAAUUUACAUUUAAUUUUCUCAAAAAGACCGGAAAUCAGUACUAGAGCUUCCAGACUCUUUUUUUAUCAGUUUACUUAGAAUGAACGCUUUUUACGAGGGAUUUUUUUCCCAAUAGAAAUUGCGAUUUUGGCUUCAUCGCAGAUCAAAAAAACCUCCACUGUUUUUCAUAUUGAAAGAAAAAAAAACGUCUUAAUAAAAUUCUCGACUAGAAUGAAUGAUAGCGAGAAAAGCAACGACGUUAACUAAUUAGUUGCGUCAAAGGUGGUCCAACGUCAAAAUUCAAUUUGGAAAUGUCUCCCGUCUAGGAAUGAAAAAUUGUACCUACCCUCACAAAAUGAUAUUUUACCUAGUUUCCAAAUCGAAAAAGAGUUCGUUUUUUUCUUGAAUUGGAUGUUCGGUCCAAGCUGCGGCCCGUUUUGUUUAGAUUUCACGCCGCAUUUGCUCCAUAAUCGAGCAUGUUUUUCGAUCUGUCGCCCCACCGAAUAAACAACUACUUCACAUUGCAAUGAAUUUCCAUCACUUGAAACUUGGAUUGAAAUGAUGGAAAAAUAACAAAAAGGCUGCUUUCUGGUGCAUUCUGGGUGAAACUCUGGAAAAUCGAAGGGAGGAAGAAAAUGGACCAAAAUACUCAAAAUUGAAACUUAUGAAUUCUAUCCUUUCCGAAACUAAUUCAGGGAACGAGAUUGUGAAGUUUUCAGUAACAUGAGGAACACAUGCUACAGGAAAUGGGAAAUGCACUGGAAAGUGAGCAAACAUAUAUACCUUAUUCUACACGAAAUGAAAUGGUCUGCCCUGUCUGCGCUCUCUUGUUCACUCGCUGUUUUCAAGUAGUAUGACAUCGCCGAUGAGAGAAAAGAGAGCGCAGACAAGUGAGACGAUUCGAUUUUCGUUACUUACAUGUAAAAUGGGGGCAUUAAAGCAAGAAAUGUGUAUUUCUCAUAAUAAAUGUUUUUUUUUGCAGAUUCUACAUGCUAGGUGUAAUCGGGACGGUCGUCGCUGUAUUCGGAGUCAUCGCCAACUUUUUACUCGCCAUUUUUAUUUUUUUAUCCAGGACAAUUUACCGGUUAGUUUUGAUGAAAGUUUCCUUUUUGAAAAAAAAUUUUGUGUUUUUCUCAAAUUAUUCUUUCAUUCAUUUGUUUUUCUCAUUUUCCUAUUUCUUCCAGCUUUUUUCCCAUGAUAAAACGCCUUCAUCAACCUUUUCGGUAAAUGCUAAUAGGAUAAUCAGUUUCGCAUUACCGAAGCAUGACCUAAAUAUAUCAAUAAAGGCCAAUUGAAUGAUUUCUAAUUAUCUUCAUACUUUGUCUUUCUGUUUUUUUUCCCCUAAAAGAAACUUUUCGAUUUCCUUCUUCUUCAAAGGAGGGCUUUCUUAUUUUCUCUUUUAAGUUUUUUUUUUGUUUUCCUCUGUUUUCACAAGAUAAUUGAGUUAUUGUGUUCUCAAUAACAAAUAAGCGUUCAAAAGAAUUCUUUUUGUCAAUGUUGAGCCAUUCUAGAUGCGACCGAUUCGUGGUGAAUGGAAUGAUCAGAUUUUCAAAAGGGGUUAUCUUUUUUGAGUUAUCUAAAAGCCCGAGAAACAAUACUGAAAUAUGAAAAUAAAACCUUAUGACUUUUGAUCUUCACUCGCUUCUGUUAAAAGUAAUAGCUUAGUCUUGAAGCCUUUCAUUAGUGAUAUUAAAAUUAGAAAAAUGAUAAUCAAGACUCCACUGUUGCUUACACGUUUUUUCUUCUCUUUUCCUGUGGUCGGGAAUAAUCCUUUUGGCGAGGUGCCUAAUCCGUUCAAUUGUCUUCGACGUGUAUCUCCUGCAUUUAGUUACAUAUUUCAGCUUUUCCUCUACUUUUUCCAAAAAAAAAACUUUCGGGGAUAUUCAAUUGAAUAAGGCCGCUUUUUGAUUUUUAACCACCCAGUUUAUCAAAUAAACUUCUGAAAAUGAUACGAGGAAAGCAGUUCCGACUAAUUCCCAAUAAGCCUUCUACCCAGUUUGUGGAGAAAAAAAACAAUUGGAAUUUUUGCUGUAACAGGAACUUUGAAAAAGAGUAUAGUGGAAAAACCUUAAGUUUUCCAGUUUUUUCUGAAUUAUUUUUGAACUUUUGUUCCAACUUCAGAUGCACAUUCGGCGAGCCUAAAGAAACCUGUUUCGUAACAAUAUUUUGAGAACAUUUUGCACUGGAGCGCAGUUCCACUUGACAUUUUUAUUAGUAAAACGGAAAAAAAUCGAGAAGGAACACUUCCUGUUGAAAGUUUAAAAGUACUUCCGGCAGUUUCGUUCAAUCCAGAUGAUCUCAAGCGGAAAAAUGAACACGAAAAGCUGUUUUACAUUUGGCAGAAGUAUUUUUUUUUUGGAAGAGAGGACACGAGACUUUCGAAAUAUGAAUUAUUCAAAAUUUUUGACGUCUGGGCAUAAUUUUAAUUAUGAUCUCAAUGAGUUCAAACAUUUAUAGUAAGAAAAAGAAAUGUUUCAUCUUCAAAAUUCUUGCCAGCUUCUCUGGAAAAGAGCUUUCGAGGGGAAUUAUCGGCAGAGCGCAUUUGAAAAACUAAACUUUCUUUGCUUUUCCGAUGAAAAAUAUUCUGUUUCAAAUUAUCCUUUACUACUCAUACUCAGCCUGAUUGAAUUCAUUAAAUAACUCUGUACUUCUUUGAAAAAAAAGUUUCUUUUGGAUCGUCUUUAAAUAUUUGAAAACCUGAAUAAUUAAUGACAAAACUGUCUUCGAAACGGAUGUAGACCGUGACGAAGGCCAAUUUUUUCAACACAAAAGAUUUCCAACAACAACAACGAAAGUCUCGCAUCAGAAGGAACGCAACAGCUAUCACAAUUUGUUCUGCUUCCUUCUUUUUCUUCUUUAAAGCUUUAAACUUGGCCUGGAAUCACUCGACCGACCACCACGUGCAUUACUAUUACACCAGUGCAAAAUCACCUUGCUGCAAAAAAAUUGCACCAUCAAAACGUUCGCAAGAAAAUAGAGUGGAUUUGGGGGGAAGAGAUACAAUAAUACUCGAAAAAUAGCAUUUACAAUGACUUUUCGUCCUGAUAAUUGAAAAUUUGAACGCAGAUCUCAAAUGAUUCAGUUCAAGUGCCUAUAAAUUCAAAGUUUUUUGGUAUUUCUGUCGACCUUCAUCUUCCUUUCAAAGCAACCAAACUCGAAACAUUCGCAACGUCUCAUCUUUAAAAUAUUCUAAAAAGUAUAACAUUUUUCAAGGAAGUACAAACACGCAUACAUUUACCCACACAAAUUUGCAUCUCUGUGUUUUCUUUUACAAACGACGCCUUUUCUUCCAUAAAAUAGUGAAAGAUGAUGUGUGAAGAUAAUGGACGACGGCUCCAGGAGCACGUUUUCCUUCCUGACAGCCAUAUUAGUGGUUCGGGAGAGGGUCACACGCAAUUUUGCGGAUGUCUCGUGGGUUCGAUAUACCCGGAAGUCUUUGUGAGCAGGUUUUUGGAGAUUCAGGUCAAAAAGGAACUUUAGUUCAGUUCAAAAAGACGAAAAACGAAGUAUUAAAACAAAAAACUCGUUUUCCGAGACAGACACACAUAGUUUCUGUCAAUUCACAAUUGGUCACAAUAAAUAAACUACCAUCCAUCAGAGUCAACCGAAAGAAAAUUUUUAAAAAAAUUCUCAAAAUUUCAAACUUUGCGCGUCAGUGUGCAGAAACGCGUGGGUGUGCGAGCCGAAAUGUGUGUGGAUUUACGGAAACAAGAAUGACUUUUUUUCGUUUUUGGUUUCUUUUUUUUUGUUUUUUUCUUCACUGUCGAUUCACAAAUGAUCAAUGGACAAAAGGAUAAAAAUUUAAAAUUCAAAAAAACUUUCCCCUGUAAAAAAAUAUUUCCCUAUUUUUUUCGGACAAAAAAAUAUAUCGCUGAAAAUAAAUAAAUGAACUUUUGAUCAAUAGAAGUAUAAUAAUCAGACGAGGAUUUUUCUAAAGUUAACUGGAAGAAGAUUUUGAACCGGAAAUUUAAUUUAAAAUCAAGGUUUCACCUUUCUUCCUUCUGAAACUUCGAAAUUCUGCUCGAAAUGAAUUGUUUUUUUCAGCAUUUAAAAUUAUUUCGAUUAUUUCGUAAGCUUCCAUGUUUUUCUCUCAUCAGAUAUAAUUUUGAGCUAUCUUUGUAACAGUAAAAACACUUACAAUUUUUUCAAAUUGCUUAUUUUUCAGGCACUCGCCGUUCUUUUUCCUCGGCUUCGUCGCCCUCUUCGAUACUCUGCUCGACGCCACUUUUCUACUUCUUUUUGUACGUUUUUUCUCCUUAUUUACUUCUCGGAAAAAAAACGCAAAAAAGAAGAAAUAAUGGCUUUUGGCAAAGAUUUAUGGCGGCAUCAAUAGCCCAUUUCCGAUGGGCAAACUUUUUCGAAACGACUUUUCUAAAAGGGGCAAAGAGACAAUAACUAUGCGAUUUAUUGGUCUAUCAAGUGGAAAAUUAUUCAAAUUGAUGGUUUCUGGAGUUUGAACUUCGAACGGAACUGAGUGAAUGAGAGCCAAAAAAAAUAAUUUUUUUUUUUGAAAAAUCUUCUACUGGACUUUUUUCUCUCUGCUCACGAGUUUUAAAAUUCGAGCAAACUGGAAAAAAGCUUUUUUUCGAAAUCGAACAAUUUUCUUGCUCUCCUCCCACAUAACCUCAUCAUUUCUGCAAAAUAGAAAAAGGUUAGUCUAUUAGAAGAGAAAAAACUCGAUUCCCAAUUUCCUCAGCCAAAAAAAAAAAACAGAGAUCAAUUCUAAAAAAGGGCUUUGUUGCGGAAAUGGACGCAAUUGCAUGUCGUGAUGCGGCCAGAAAAUUCUCUUUUAUUUUCCGGCCCUCUUCAGAAAAGUCGAACGAUUUUUCGAGAGCUCAUUAGUUUGAAACAAGAGAACAACUGGAGGAGGGGUCAGAAACAUUGGAAUCGUUGUAAGAAAAUAGGGAAAACUCGAAAAUUGGAUAUUUGCAGCCUCGGGAAAACUGCAAUAUGUUUAAUUUUAUCCGAAUUUUUUCCAGAGAGUUUAUUCAAAAAAAAAAAGAGUUAUAAGGUGCUCACAAUUUUUAAUACUUUUCUCCUUUCAUUCUCGAAAAGCGUUCCAAUCAAAAUUUUAGAAAAAAAGGCAAUAUGUUGAACGAACUAUUCCUUUCAUUUGAUUCAAUCUUUUCACACUCCCCUUUAUUCUUUGGCCUUUUUUAUUGCCAAUAAAUCCUGCAUCCUAUUUUUAUAACCUUCAUAAAUUUUCGGAUUGAGGUUCAAAAAACGAGAGAGUAUAUGAGAAAGUAAAGAUUGAUCUUUGCCAUGGGGCACAAGUAAUCCUGGAUUCGAUUUUUUCGCAUUUCUCUUUUUCGGUCCUUUCGGCCAUUACUCAUCCUUGCCAUAUGCAUCAUGUACUUUUUGGCGAUGUUAAAUUGAAGUUGGAAAGAAUGACAGAAGAGAAAAGAAUGGAGCUCAGAGGCUGAAAAUGCCUAUAAAGUUGAGAUCGAGAACAAACUUCUAUGUAAUUCCGAAGGAAAAUGUUAUUUAGAUGCUGUCAAUUUUCAAAACUUUCUCAAGCUGUUGAAGUUCCAGUAAAAUGUGAAAAAAUUACAGGAAAAACUGCCAAUAAACUUUUACUGUCUGGGUAUCGAGGCGAAGAGUUGUUUUUCAGAGUUGUUUUUUAAAUUUAAAAUACUUCUUUCUUCAGAUUUUUGAAUUCACACUUUUAUUUCAUUUUAUGUUUCACCUAUAUUAUUCAAAAAACUAUUGAACAUCUUUAUGAACUUUUUUGGACCUCAGAAAUGGGCCUCAACAUGUGACCAACCAACUCAUUUGGUUAGUUCAACUCAAAACGAGCGUAAUUUCGAAUUAGCCCAAAAACGAAACUUUUUCUCCGUUCUUUGCUUCUCUCCAAGGAACAGAGAGGUCCACGGGGAAAGAUAAAUCCGGUGGUAAGUGGUGGUUUUUGCCGGUUGUAAUGCGUUUUGGUUUCUCAGGCAAUCUUACCUUUCACAAAAGCCGACACCUGUUCGGUGGAGCAGAUAAAUCGAGCCAGACGGCUUUUUCUUGAGUAAUUGGGGCAGUGAACCGAGUGAUACGAGGUUUUUCAUCACCGGAAAACAAUCAGAGGAAUUUUAGCCCACAAAGAACCCUUAAGAGAUCAUUUUUUUAAAUGAAAAAUUGAAUGAUAAAGAUAGGUUCUCUGCCAAGUUUUGAAAGUUGAAUGGUUUCUGAAUAAUCCGUGAGUUUUUGUGAAAGAGAAUUCUAGUUGAGUUUCUGGGCCAAAGACCUCAUAUUUCACUUUUUUUAGGCGAUCCGCCUGAAAAAAUUCUCAAAAACACCAUUUUCAAUGAAAAAGAGUUUUCAUUCAAUUACCACUUUAAAAGUCCCUUUUUGGCUCGAUUCGACAGAAUACCUUUCUCAGCUAUCUCAGAUUACGGAUCUAUUGCAAAAAAAGUUCAAAAAACAGAAAAAUUGAACUUUCUCCUCUGCUAGUCUCGCUCGAAUUUCAGUUUUGAAUAUGCAAAAGACAAAAGGAGCGCCACCCCCAACAAAUCAUUCCUUCCAUUCCUUCUUCUUCUUCUUCCUCGUUCAAGGUGAAAUACGAUCAAACAAAACAAUGGGUGAAGCAGAAAAAAAAGAGAAAAAAAACGGCGUGAAUUAUUCCAAUCCGUUUUUUUCUUGAAUAUUUUUUUGAAUGGAUACUUGAGAAGAAUUGAGAGAGCGGCCAUUGAGGUACCCGAUUCGAGAACGGCUUUGUUUUUGAGGAAAAUUGGGUUGUUGGUUAGUUGGGAUUUUGGGGAAAGAUUUCGAACUAAAAAAAUUUUUUUCUAAGGAAACUGUGGCAAGAUCAGUUUCAGUUCCUAAGACUAAGAGUAGUAUUCUGUCGAAAUUUAGUUCUCUGAACCUUCAAAUAUAAAAAAAAUAGAAAAAAUUGGUCGGGCAUCUUUAAAAAAAUUUUUUAAAGGUCUUUUUUUAUCAUAAUUAAGUCAAUGAAUAAAACUCAUUAAAGUCAGUUUUUCCAGCCCCUCGAGGUGAACGCCGAAUACUACGAUGAAGCCGGCGUCUAUGAAAUGUGGCUCCAAUUUGUGCCGACCGUCUACAUUUUCGCUCAAAUCUUCAAAAUUGCGUCCGUUUUCUCACUUAUCAUGGCUAGCAUAGAAAGGUUUGUACCCUUUUUCCGAGAAAAAAUAUUCCAUUAGAAUCAGCAACUCCUACUUUUGUAGACUUUUUGAAUUUCAGAAAAAGAUUGUUUACAAAAUUUGUACUUAGCGAUAAGGACAGAGGCAAAUUUUGGAUUCAUUUUUUUUCCCUGAAAAAGCUUGAAUUCUUAUCAACGCAAAUCAGCAACUCCUACGCCUUCGAAAAUUAAGCAGUGCUCAUUAGAAUUGCAAGGUUGAAGGUUCAAACGUCACACGAACCGAAUUUAGGGCUAUGCAUAGAUCAGGGAAUGCCCUAGGGCGGUUUCUGGCAGACUGGAUUAGGUCUGGCCAAGUUUUUGGCUUAAGACGUACUUUUCUAGGGAUAAAAGUAAUACUUGAACAAACAGCUGAUGGGAAAACUUGUGAACGAGGGAACUUUUUGAAUCACAUAUCGAAAAAUGAACGCUAACUUGCAUUUAUCAUCAAAUUUUUUGUUAUAAGGUAAAUAUUUGUUUUCAAAGUAUACUCUAUCCUAUUCUGACGUUAUAAAUUACUCAAAAUAAAUUGUCAAUUCCUUUGCUAAUACUUAAAAAAAAAAAUUCAACUUACCGGCUUAAUAGUCAUAGAAAUCUCAUCCUUAUGAUGACUAUACAUGGACGGUAAAAUUUUAAAACGCUGCCAAAGUUUCCUUCAGAGUUUUCCUAAGGUUAAUUUAGUAAAGCAGACCUAAUUCUACUUUUGUCUGUUAACCACUUUCUUAAUGUUAAAACUUUUCUAUACCUUUUUUCUAAAAAUUUUUGUCAGUCUUUCCGUUCUCGCGGACUGAAUGAGCUCUAUUCCUGCCUCCCUAUGCUUAUGACGUCACUGACUACCUCAUCUGACGUCAGAAUUACAGAUACUGUAUGACGAAGCACUGGACCUUCGUGGGGUUCGAGGAAAGGACUCGAUGGCUGGUGUUGGUUGCUCUCGUGGUGGCAUCCAUCGUCAUCAAGUACUUGUCGGAGGUCUCCUCUUUUCCUUCUUUUUUCCGCGAACAUUCCAAAAAGUGUCCCUCGGGGCGUUCGCCAGUACAUACACAACAACGAUUAUGUGAAAGGAAUGGCCGGAUGAGACGACUUUGGGGAACCAAAUCGGAGUUAAUGUUGAUCAAAUGACAUUUUUUUGAUGAAUGUGCUUUUUUCAAAAUUUGAGAAGUAAAAAAAUUGUUUUUCGUUCUGGAAUAAGACUUUAAAAUUGCAAUUUUUAAGCUCUUAGGAACUCUAGUGAGAACUUCUCUUCAAGUUCUAUAACAGGUGAAAUUUUUGGAAUUGUUCAAAAGAUGAAUUCUUCAUUCUAAAAAGUUUAGUAAUUUGUAAAGAAUUUCUAACAUCUUUAAAGUGAGAAAAAAAGAAACGUCUGUGAUCGAUCUUAAGAAUAUUGAGAUAGAAACUAGGCUCUUAAAGCCGGUGAUAGGUGAGUUUUUUUUUUUUAGAAUUAUCAGAAGUUCCUUGAAAAAGCUGUAGAUCCAGUUUCUGGACAAAACUAACAGAGUUAUAUGAGACAGAGUUUCUAGAGCCCUUAAGUGUUCAAAGUCCCCUAAUGAAUCCGAACUUGCAGGAAGUGGUGAUCGAGACGAGGGAGCACUGCUCAGGCUACCGCCACUGGACGGUCAAAGUGCAGCGUGGCGAGUUGCGGCACAUGGGUUUCGUCCAUUUGUUGGCCAUUUCCCUGCCUUUCUUCACCUUGAUCUUCCUCAACGGCGGAAUCGUGUACAUGCUUCGGAAGCAGAAUGUUCAGGUAUCUAUAGUCAGGAAGAUUAUGAAAAAAUUCCUCAAACUUCGAACAGAUUUCAAUCAUUUUUGUAAGCUCGAAUCUUUUGAAAUUCCUUCUCUUUAUAUAAAAACAUGGGCUCCAUAUAAAGCUUUAGGCUAUCGAUCAGAAGGCAUAGAGUCCUUUCCGAGCAGAUUACAAAUAUUUUAAAAAUCAUCUUCUGAUUAAUAUGUGGAAAUCCCAACAUUUUCUUUUUUCUAAGUUCCCUCUAAUUGAAUGUUUUGCUUAGAAACUGUAAUAUGUAGGUAGAAGUCCAAAGUACAUUCUCCCUUUUUCAGCAACUGCGAUCUCUGAUCACAGAACUGACUUUGGGUCACGAUUUGUCGAAGAUCCGUCGGAAAAACCUCCGAAGUGCGACAAGAACACUGAUCGUCAUCAUUUCGGCCUAUCUCAUUUCCAACUCGUUGAACAUGUUGCUCAUCAUCGUCGAGUACAUCGAUGCUGGUUUGUUGGGACGGAAAGUUCGUUUCCCUGAGCCGUGACUUCAGACUUCCUUCUAGUCCGACAUCCAGAUUUGCACCGACUGGCUGUAGAUUCGGCGGCUCUUCUCACUGUCGUCGCCAAUGCGAUUCGAUGUCCUACACAUGUACUUUCCAACUCGGAGAUCCGACAUCAGUUCAAGACGCUCUUUUGUGGGGAGAACGAGAAAAAGGUGAGGGAUAGUCUUGGGAAUCGGGUUGAAGAGCACAUAUUGAAUCGAAAUCGGUUUAUUAUUUUUUUUCGGAACAUGGUCUUCUUUAUCAAUCCGCAUCUCAAAUUUUUGAAGCCGAUUUCCUUUUCUUAUUUCGAAAACGGGGGGCUCAAACUGAAGCAAGCACUCGCAGGAACCUCCAAAAUCACUCUUUAGGGCUGACUUUAUAAAAUUUCUAGAAAAGAUGAAUCAUCACCCAUAAGGCUCAGGCUAUUUUUUCCUAUAUUAUCAUUUCCAGCUAUUUAUUUGCCUUGUAUUUUUUUAAACUAUCCAGUCCUCAAAUGGAAAAAGACAGAUCAGGAGAUCCGUCAGGAUUGAUUUACUUUUUUUUUCAAAAAAAAAAACUUACCCAUAGAGCGCAAAAACUCUGUUUUCCAAGGCUAUAUUCUUGGCUCUACAUUUUUUUAGCUGUGUGGCCAGUUUUUACCCGAGUGUCGAUUUCAUUUUUUGAUUGAAACUGAAGCGACCAUUCAGCCAACAGAAACGUAUUUGACCGAAGGAAAACGGUUUCAGUUGACAUUUCUUAUUAUUUCAAAUCUAUUUUUCAAUUUGAAUAUUUCUUCUCAUGAUGAUGAGGCUGUCUAGUUUCUCUCUUAACCGACGUUUCAUUCAAUUGAAAUUUUUGAAAAAGCUGAUUUUCAGGAUGCGAUGCGCCAAGAACAAAAGAAACAGACCCAAGAACGGCUGGACAAUCCCUGGAUGUCGCUGAUGUGGGUCUCUGCGAAUUCUUCCAAAGAUCCCCGAGCCGCGUUUCUGCCUCAGGCUUUCGUCAAACGACACUCGGCCAUUGCAAUCCUCUGA